AUGCCGCGGAACCCCAGCGGAGACGAGGGCGGCACCGGGCUCUGGAUGAGGAGCUCGCCGGUGCAUCGCAACGAAGGCUACGGGUCGAGGGAUGUGGAGUCCGGCCGGAAGAUGAUGAACAACGCGGGAGACGGCUUGCUGUCCUCCUCCUCCGGGGGGAGCGCAGGUGCCGCCGGCUCCGAGAGCCUGAGAGGGAAGCAGGGCGCCCGGCUCAGUCUGCUGGGGAAGCCGCUCAUCUACAGCGCGCAGAGCGGCCGCAGGAAUGUGCGCUACCGGCGGCUCCAAAACUACCUGUACAACGUGCUGGAGAGACCGAGAGCCUGGGCGUUCAUCUACCACGCGUUCGUGUUCGUCUUGGUGUUCAGCUGUCUGGUGCUCUCCGUUUUCUCAACCAUCCCAGCUCAUCAGGACUUUUCCUCCGACUGUCUUCUCAUCCUGGAGUUUGUGAUGAUUGUGGUGUUUGGGUUGGAGUACAUAGCCCGGAUUUGGUCAGCGGGAUGCUGCUGUCGCUACAGAGGCUGGCCGGGACGACUGCGCUUCGCCAGAAAGCCAUUCUCUGUGAUAGACAUCAUAGUGCUGAUAGCCUCAGUGGCGGUGGUGUCGGCAGGCAGUCAGGGCAACAUCUUCGCCACCUCGGUCCUGCGUAGCUUGCGUUUCCUGCAGAUCCUGCGCAUGGUGCGAAUGGACCGAAGAGGUGGUACCUGGAAGCUGCUUGGAUCUGUGGUCUACGCACACAGCAAGGAACUGGUCACUGCCUGGUACAUCGGCUUCUUGGUUCUCAUCUUCUCAUCGUUCCUCGUCUACCUUGUGGAGAACAAGUUCAACAAGGAGUUUGCCACCUACGCUGAUGCCUUGUGGUGGGGCACGAUCACCCUGACAACCAUUGGCUAUGGGGACAAGACACCAAAGACGUGGACAGGACGGAUGCUGUCCGCAGGGUUUGCCCUCUUGGGCAUCUCCUUCUUUGCCUUGCCAGCAGGUAUUCUGGGCUCAGGCUUUGCGCUGAAGGUCCAAGAGCAGCACAGACAGAAGCACUUUGAGAAAAGAAGAAACCCAGCGGCCUACCUCAUCCAGUGUGUUUGGCGUAGUUAUUCGGCUGAUGAGAACUCGGUGUCCAUUGCUACUUGGAAGCCUCACUUGAAGGCGUUGCAUACCUGCAGCCCUACAAAGAAGGAGCAGGGAGAGUCGACCACAAGCCAAAAGUUGAGCUUCAAGGAGCGGGUUCGGAUGGCGAGCCCUCGAGGUCAGAGCAUCAAGCAGAGGCAGACGUCUUCAGUGAAUGACCGGCGGUCACCAGUGGCUGAAGCCGGUACCGAGGGCACCAGCCCCUCCAAGGUACAGAAGAGUUGGAGCUUCAAUGACCGCACACGCUUCAGACCUUCACUCCGCCUUAAGAGCCAGUCUCGCUCCACCACUGAUGCAACAGACUCCAACAUGGCCGGGGACGACUGCUUUGACGAGAGGGGCUGUCACUGUGAGAUCUCGGUGGAGGACUUGCUGCCCUCAGUCAAGUGUGUCAUUAGAACUGUCAGGAUAAUGAAGUUCCAUGUGGCCAAGAAGAAGUUUAAAGAGACGCUGCGUCCUUACGAUGUGAAGGACGUGAUUGAACAGUACUCUGCCGGUCACUUGGACAUGCUGUGUCGCAUCAAGAGCCUGCAGACCAGGCUGGACAUGAUUGUCGGCCCACAGCCACUGAGCAGCAGAGCCAAAACUUUCUCCUCCCCCUCUCUCCCUGUCUAUUACAGCCAGGGCAGAAAGAACUCCACCCAGGGAGUGGACCAAAUCCUUGGGAAGGGCCAGAUCCCUCUAGAUAAGAAGAUUCGAGAGAAGCUGCUAUCUGAUGGAGACAUAUUGGAGGACAUGAGCAUGCUGGGCCGUGUCUGUAAGGUGGAGCGACAGGUCCAGUCGAUUGAGUCAAAACUGGACUCCCUGCUUGACAUUUAUCGUCAGGUUUUGCGUAAAGGAUCAUCUUCGGCCCUCACGCUCUCUUCUCUUCCGCUGUUUGAGUUAGAACAGACCUCUGACUACCACUCCCCCGUCUUCAGCAAAGACCUGUCCUACUCCACCCAGGUCAGCAGCAGUGGAGCGCCUCCACCUGGUGGCUGUGUCACACACUCCGCCACCAACUCCCACCUCACCCAAGGAGGACUCCAUCUCAUCCUGGCGCCACCCAAUGAGCUCAACCUCAAUCUCUCCUCUUCAACGCCUCCCUCUGGCCUUGCAUCCUCCUCUUUCAGCCCGUCGCCACUUCCUCAUCAGCAUCAUCAUCACCACCACCACCAUCAUCAUCCUCAUCAUUCCCAUCAUCAUCAUCCCCAGGCUCAAGCCACCACGCCUGAAAGUGGCACAGAUGAGGCUUUAGGGAGUUCUCCACCCAUCCUCACCCCAAAUAGUAUCAGCGGUGGAGGAGUGGGAGAUGGAGGGUUUCCUCUUCUGCCAGGGCUUCCACCACCGCUCCCUCCCAGCCAAAGUGGUGGCCCGAGCAACUUGGUGCGAGCGACCUUCACUGAAACAACCCCCAACAUGGAGGGCUUUUGUAGAGGUCUGGGGACACAGAUGGAGCACAGCAGUGUCAGGGGAAACCUUGGCCUUGGGUUCGGGCUGGGCAGACUGGCACAGCAGCUCAAGGGCAGCACCAAUAGCAAUGGCAGGCUCAACACUAAGGAGGAGGGCUCCUGGAGGAGGCAUAUGAGUCUGGAGCUCGAGCCCCUGGUGCCGCCAGCCCAGGGCUGCUGCUCUGGCCCCUGUCAGAUGGACCGAGGAUUGGGCAAGUCCAUGUCAGUGCAGGACCUGAUUCAGGCCCCUCCAGUAGCUGUCCAGGAUUCCCACCAUAGCCACGGCCUGUCUUCGCCAAGCCCUAGUACAAGCAGUGACUCCCCAAUUGGCUUCCACAGCUGUAGCCAAGACCCGGGGGGAAGAGGAGGGGGUGGUGGUGGUGUGGGCAGGAGUGGUGGAGCUGGAUGGGGUGAGGAGGACCUCUUUAUCACUGACAGGGACAUAGAGACACAGGGAUUUGACUUCCUGUCACAGGGGACGGCUGAAGCCCACUCCUACUCCUCAGAGCUCCUGCGGACAGAGACCAGAGCAGGGGCAGGAUCCCCGGGCUCUAACCAUAGCCUGGCCAGUGGUCACGCGUCCUCACCCUCCACUGGCAGCACCGAAAUGCUGAACAUGCCUUGUGUACGGCUAAAAUAGAUAUGAGUAG